UGUGUGAAGCCUGUAUCUAUGGAAAGUCCAAGAGGCGAUCCUUCAAAUCAUCCGAAAAACGUACAUAUAGACCGGGUGAAAUAAUACAUUCUGAUGUGGUUGGUCCGAUAGCAACUGAAUCCAUUGGUGGCGCAAGAUUCUACGUUACAUUUAAGGAUGAUACCACAGGUUUUAUAUACCUGUAUGUGCUAAAGCAUAAGAGCGAAGUGCUAGAGAAAUUCAAUACUUUUGUUGAAUUAAUUAAAAAUCAAUUUAAUCGGGUUGUCAAAGUACUUCGUUCGGAUAAUGGAACUGAGUACAUGAACAAAAUCUUUAACAAUUAUUUAACAGAAAAAGGUAUCAUACAUGGACGAACGGCGCCUUUUACUCCGGAACAGAAUGGGCGAGCUGAAAGAGACCUUCGAACCAUUUCGGAACUAGCUGCUUCUAUGUUGCACGCUCGCAACUUGUCAAAAAGUUUGUGGGCAGAGGCAGUCAAUAUGGCCGAAGUAUGUCGUACAAUAAAUUGCUCUAAUUAUAUAAUAUAACCCAACGUUAUUUGUAAUUUGUGUUUUUGUUUGUCAUAUCAGAUAAAUAAGCCACUAUGGUCGGCCAACACAACAACAAACGUUCAAUAGCUUGAUGUUGAGUUAACCACUAUUAUAUUUAACUACUAUUAUUUUUCCUUAAUUUGCAUUCGAGCCUUUGCAAACUUACCAAAAAAACUCAAAUUCUGCCUCCCGUUUCGGACUAUCACGCACAAAUUUAAUUAGAAACGUUACUACUUCAUGAAUCCAUGGUGGUCUUUGUUUACAAGCAGUUUUUACUUACAAUUAAAUUGCAUGUAUGAGAAGGGCAAGGAAGUUUCCUUUCAUGGUAAAACUGCAUUGUAGCGGCCUAAGAUUAAGUUGGCAAUUCUGGAACCUCGAAAUUGGACUCAACGUUGCCGCUGUGAAUUUUUAUAUUUUCAUUCAAUAUUUCAUUUCUAACCUGUGUUCGUGUUUAUCCUUUUGUGUAGUGUUAUCUUCGUGUUUAUUAAUUUGUGUUAGUUUGAUUUAUAGACAAUUUUUAUUGUGUUUGAUUUGGUAUUAUAUUAAAUUUGUUAGUAAGUAAAAAAUUAAUUUAAAUAUAUAUUAUAUUAUUAAUCUUAUUUCAACUAUUUCAGAUUGUGCUAUAGCUUUAGUUUAGUAUUUUUAGGUAUUCAUAUUUUUAUUUUAAUUAUAAUAUUAGCUAUGAAUAAUAAUAAUUUUGAAACGAAAUUGUUUAGUUUUUUUAAGGAUUUGAAUAUAAUGGCGCCAACAGAAAUUGUUGACGAAGUCCUCACUAUUGAGGAAAUUAAAAUUGAAAAUCAUUGUUUAAGAGAUUUCCCCGAAUCAAAAAAAGAGAUGAUGGAGUGGUUGGCCAGAAGAGGCUUAAUAAAAAACCAUUUCACUUGCGAUGUGUGUGACAUUCCUAUGUCUCUAAACAAAUAUUCAGGUGGAAUAGACGGUUUUCGGUGGAAAUGCCGAUUAUGUACCACCCGAAAAUCGAUAAGGCAUGGCUCAUUUUUUGCUAACAGCAAACUUAGUUUGCUACAAUCAAUGAUCAUCAUUUAUUGUUGGAGCAUAGAAAUGCCACACGAAGACAUUGAGAGGGAGGCACACCUUGGAUCAAAUUCCACCCACACAAUAGUGGACUGGUGUUCGUUUUGGCGGGAAAUUUGUGAGGUGGACCUCAUAAACAAUCCGAACGUUAUUGGGGGUUUUGAUGAGGAAACUCUCGAGCCCAAAACGGUGGAGAUUGAUGAGUCCAAGUUUUCCCACCGCAAAUAUAAUAGAGGUCGGUGGACUGAGGGAAAGUGGGUAUUUGGAGGAAUUGAAAGGGGAACAGGGAAAUGCUUCCUUGUUGAAGUUCCUGAUAGGACAACUGCAACCCUCCACGAAAUGAUUCAGAGGUUUGAAUGUAUUUCUGAUUAGGGCUUUGUAAUAGCUUAUAAUUGAUGAAUAUGCUCAUUUCCAAAUAAAUCGCAGAUUUUCCAUGGAAAUUUCUCGAUUUAUAAGGAAAAUUGCACUGUAGUUACUAUUUUUAGACAAAAAACAAUUUAUGGUAAGUGAUAUUUUAAACAAAUAUAUGCCAAGCCAGGAGGAUGACAGGUAACACGUUAAUAGUAUUAAGAUUUUAUCAAUUAUGUUUUAUUAUUAUUUUACAUACCUUUUGAGUUUAUUUUAUUAUUAUCUUACAGAAUACCUUUUGAGU